CUCUUACCAAUUAACAUCCAUUCGCGUUUCACUUCCAAGUUUUGCCUAAGGUUUUCAUAACCUUAUGCAACAUGCGUAUAGAAACGUGUUAUUUUUGUUCGUCUCGGAUUUAUCCAGGACAUGGAAUUCAAUUUGUAAGGAACGAUUGUAAGAUAUUCAGAUUUUGUCGUUCAAAAUGUCAUGCUGCAUUCAAGAAGAAGAAAAAUCCAAGAAAAGUCAAAUGGACCAAAGCAUACAGGAAAACUGUUGGCAAGGAGUUGGCAGUGGAUCCAUCCUUUGAAUUUGAAAAGAGAAGAAACAUCCCUGUUAAAUAUAAUAGAGAAUUAUGGAACAAGACGAUUGAUGCAAUAAAAAAAGUAGAAAAUAUUAGACAGAGGAGACAGAAUCUACAUAUAAUGCAGAGAUUGCGUAAAGGACGUGAAAUAGAACAAGAAAGAGACAUUAGAGAAGUUCAACGUGAUUUAUCUCUUAUAAGAUCACCUGCUGCAGGAUUGAAAGAAAGGAGAAAGUUGGAGGAAGCUGCAGAGCAAGAAGAAAAGAUGCAAGAAUCUAAUGAUGAACAAGAGCCAGAAGAAAUGGAAAUGAACAGUUAAAUUUAUGUUUUCAAAUAGAAACAUCUUUCAAACAGACUUUGUACAUUCAUGUAUCACAUUCAUUAUGAAGGAAUAUUUCAUGAUCAUCUAAUUUACAUAAAGAAUGGAAAUACACUUUUAUAAAUGUAAGAAACAUGUAUUAUAAGUUAUGUCAUUCAUUAUUUUCAUAUAGGCGAUUGUAUUAACAGCUUGUAAAUAAAUUUUU